CGACCACAUCGACGACACAACCUCGCCACCACCUACACCCCCUUAGACAACCUACACGACACCGAGACCUAGACACCAUGUCGUCUGCCGAGGAGACUGAUCAGGCGAUCGAGAUCUGGCGCUACCGCAAGCUGCUCGGCAUGCUCGCUGCGUCGCGCGGUGCCGGCACGUCGUGUAUCACGCUCAUCCUGCCCCCUCGCUCGCAGAUCUCGCAGGCAAACAACAUGCUUACCACCGAGUACGGUACCGCGUCCAACAUCAAGUCGCGCGUGAACAGAUUGUCCGUGCUCUCGGCCAUUACCUCGACGCAGCAAAAGCUCAAGCUCUACAACCGUGUCCCCGACAACGGCCUGUGUGUGUUUGUCGGCACCGUUCUCAACGAGGAGGGCAAGGAGAAGAAGAUCUCGUUCGCCCUCGAGCCCUUCCGCCCCAUCAACACGUCGCUGUACAUGUGCGACUCGCGCUUCCACGUCGAGGCCCUCGAGGAGCUGCUCGAGACGGACAGCAAGUGGGGCUUUAUUAUUAUGGACGGUAACGGAUCGCUCUUUGGCACGCUCUCGGGCAACACGCGUGAGAUCCUGUACAAGUUCAACGUCGACCUGCCCAAGAAGCACGGUCGUGGUGGUCAGUCGGCGCUGCGUUUCUCGCGUCUGCGUGAGGAGGCCCGUCGUAACUACGUCCGCAAGGUCGCAGAACUCGCCGUCCAGCACUUUAUCACCAACGACAAGGUCAACGUCGCUGGUUUGGUGUUGGCUGGUUCCGCCGAACUCAAGACGGAUCUCUCGGGCUCGGACCUGUUCGACGGCCGUCUGCUGGCCAAGGUCGUCAAGGUCGUCGACGUGUCGUACGGUGGCGAGAACGGCUUCAACCAGGCCAUUGAGCUCGCGGCCGACUCGCUCGCCAACGUCAAGUUUGUCCAGGAGAAGAAGCUCAUCCAGAAGUACUUUGACGAGAUUGCCCUCGACACGGGCAAGUACUGCUUUGGUAUCGUCGACACGCUCAAGGCGCUCGACAUGGGUGCCGUCGAGACGCUUAUUGUCUGGGAGGCGCUCGACACGAUCCGCAACAAGCUCCGCAACGCCGCCGGCGAGGAGGUCAUUGUCUUCUCGUCACCAAAAGACACGGACCGCGAGAAGUUUAUCGACAAGGCGACCGGCACCGAGAUGGAGCCCACGGCCGACCCCCAGCCUCUGCUCGAGUGGUUCGCCGAGAACUACAAGGACUUUGGCGCCACCCUCGAGUUUGUCACCAACAAGUCACAAGAGGGCUCGCAGUUCGUCAAGGGCUUUGGUGGUAUCGGCGGUCUGCUCCGUUACAAGGUCAGCUUUGAGGACCUGGGCGACGACGAGGACUAUGACGACGAGUUCUACGGCUCCGACUACGACUCGGACAUCUAAGCGGGCGAAUAGAGCAGCGCGGGCGUCGCGGCGCGGCGGGCGCCUGCGCUGGCCCCAGUCAUCACUAGCCCGCAGGCGUAAAACGCGCUCUCGCUCGUGAAGCGCGCAUGAGCAGGCAGCAUUCGCCCAGCGCACCUCCGAGCGCCGACGAGAGCGCUCGGCGCAUCAUUGUUGUGUGCACAUUUGAGAGAAUGCAUAUGUAACGAGAUCUACUGGCUGUGCUGUAUCCACUAGCUCCACUAGCUGCCGACCGAGACGGGCCCAUACCGCUGGUUGUUGUUACGCCCAAACACAGAGUUGUGCAGAGGCUCGGGGAGCAGCGCCUGGCCCCACUCGCGCAGGUCGAUGGGCUGCGCGCCGCGCUGCUCGACGGCUUUGCGUAACCGCGCGCGCACGCCAGCAAAGAGCAGCAAGGCACAGCAGAUGAGCACAAAGCAGGUCACAAUGACCUGGUCGCGCGGCGAGUCGCGCUUGAAGCAUGUCGCCGCGACGUCGCCCUCGGUGCCGGUGCCCGUGUCCGUGUCGAGCUCUGGGACCUUUGCGCCUGGGAUGUUAGUAGGGGCUGGGGGUGGGGUCGCGGCCGGCCGGGUGGGGGCUGGUGUGGAGCUCGAGGUGGGCAGAGUACUUGGUGCGAUGGUACGCGCCGAGCAAUCACUACGCCGGCGCAUACAGACGCGACGGCUCCCACAGGAUCGGGUCACCCGACAAAGGGCGUCGAUAUGACGCUGCUUGUAGACGACCCCACAUCCGAGGUCCGCCUUUGCCGGUGUCGCUGUCCGCUCCGCACUCGCAUGUCACGCCGCGACGAUCUCGCGCCGGUUUGUUGUCCACCUGAACCACACCGGCCCACCCGCUCGCAGCCUGCAGCUGCUCGCACUAUUCGCACUACUCACCCUUACAUAUCUCCAGCUUUUGGUCGAGGCAGAACUGGCGCGUGCAGCUGAGACAGGGGCGGUUCGAGUCCUCUGGGUGGAGAAGGGGGAUGAUUGUCGAGUUGGUGAAGCAUUGGCACUUGCACCAGUACAGGCUGUUCGAGUUGAUGAGCGCAGCGUUGGUUGCUGGGAGUAGCGCGAGGACAGCGAGCACGACGAGGAUGAGUAGUCUUCUUGUUGUUUUCCGCAUUGUGGUGGGUGGUGGGUGGUUGAACAGAC